CAUUAAGUGUUGCUGCUGCAGCCCUGGGGUGCUGCUGUCCCUGGUUAGUUGUUGACACUGCUGUGCGACAAGCGACAAGCGACGUGACGAAAAAGUGAAACGCCAAACUUACCAAAAAUUUGAUUUUGUGCAAAUGGCAAAAAUGUUGGACAGCUUUCAACUGAUCGCUGAGGUGCGACAACGUCCAGUGCUGUGGGAUAGUCGAAUCGCAUUGGCGGAGCGAAGGAGUCAGAUAUGUGCGGCCUGGCAAGAAGUGGCAGAUGCAAUGCAGCAGGAAGUGGUCGUUUGCAGGAAGAGAUUCAAAGGACUGCGCGACAGCUACAGGAUGGAGGUGCGCAAAAUGCAAAGUGGAAUGAAGAACGCGACCACUUGGAUCUACUUUGGUCUGCUGGAAUUUAUGCGUGGCAUAUUCGAUCCGAACAAUUUGCUGACAUUGGCCAUAGAGCCGCCAGCCGCUGAUAUGGAUAUUGAGGAGCAAAAGGUUAAAAUUGCGCAGCAGGACGAGUUUGUAAUCGAUAUAGACGAUAACGAUGAAGAUGAUGAUUUUGAUUUCGAAAUCUUGGGCGAUAUCUUUAAUCCAGGCCAAGCACAAGCCAGGCCGCCAUCGCCUGCGCUACUCAAGCGGCUGAUGCCGCCGCCGCCGCCGCCCCCGCCGCUGCCUGCAAAGCCAACAAAACGCGCUCGCCCAUCGACUUCAGUGGAUAGAAACAGCAGCAGCAGCAGCCCAUUGACAGCUGCAGCGGAGCCAGCGAAUGCCAAACAGGAUGAUGCGGAUUAUAAUUUUCUGAUCAGUUUGCUGCCACAUGUCAAAGCUCUGUCCAGCAUGAACAACAUGAAGUUUCGCACUGAAGUCAGCCACAUGCUGAUGGAGCUGAACCACGAGCAGGAGGCUCAAGCUCAAGCUCAAGCUCAAUCGCAGCGUGUUAAGAGUCCUCAGACAAUUUUGCAUACAUCACCAAUCGAAUGUGAUGUUAAAAUCGAAAAUGAGCCAAUGACUGAUACUGACGCCUGAUGCUGAAUCUCAACGAAUUUUCAUACACACACACACACACACAUUUUCAACUUAAUUGUUUACUCACGCAUAUUACAUAUUAAACAUUAAACACUUUGU